CGUUUGUUGUUGUGGUUUUCCACACUUUUUUUUAAACUCUUCACGUACAACCCACAACCAGCACCGUAAAUUCCAACUCACACACGGAACACGACAUGGGAAACUUUGACGCCUUCGAGCAGGGCUUCGCCAGCCCCAACGGCAACGGCAGGCUGCCAAAUGGCCACGGUUCGCCGAAAGACAGCAUAAGCGUGGAGCCCGAGCGAAAAUUCUCUGCGCCGGCAUACACAGAGAUUCGCACGCGGCGCUGCAACGCCAAGGCGGCCGCAGAAUCCAAGCAAGCCAACUCGAGCAGCUACCAUCCGGAGAAGAAAGCGCUUAUGAAUGGUCAUGCCUCUGCGAGCAGGGAGCAGGGAUCAAGCUCCAAGCCCAACCAGGCAGAGGGCAAGCUCUCGCCGGAGAAGGAGCACUACCAGAAGACCUCGUUCGAGGAGGUGCCCAUGCACACGGCCUGCCUCACCUACCUGGGAUUCUACCUGCUCAUGAUCCUCGGCUACAUCAACCAGCUGCUGUUCGUGCCCAAGGUGGCCACGGAGAAGGGCCGCGAGGGCUAUGUGGCGCUGUAUGACGCCUUCGAAAGCUUCUACUCCCGCUACGUGUACCGCCGCAUCAAGGAUUGCUGGAACCGGCCCAUCUGCAGUGUGCCGGGUGAUGAGCUAACGCUGAAGGAUCGCGUGACCGACGACUAUGGCUGGAGCUUCAAGUUCACGGGUACAGAAACACGUUGCCUCAAUCUGGGCUCCUACAACUAUCUGGGCUUUGCCGCCGCCACGGGACGUUGUGCCGACGAGUCCGAGGAGCGGGCCCGAGACUCCGGACUGGCGUACUGCAGUUCCCGCUGUGAACUGGGCAACAACGCGCAGCUGGACGAGCUGGAGAAGCUGACUGCUCGCUACUUUGGCGUGGAGGAUGCCAUCGUUUUUGGCAUGGGAUUCGCCACCAACGCCCUCAAUCUGCCGUCUCUGCUCGGCCCGAACUGCAUGGUGGUGAGCGAUGAAAAGAACCAUGCCUCGAUCAUCCUUGGCCUGCGUCUGUCCGGGGCCACAAUCAAGGUGUUCAAGCACAACAACAUGCGGGACCUGGAGCGCGUGUUGCGCGAUGGCAUCUGCCAGGGCAAUGUCAAGAACGGAGGCAAGCCCUGGUCCAAGGUGAUGAUCAUUGUGGAGGGCAUCUUCAGCAUGGAGGGCUCUAUUGUGCGCCUGCCCGAGGUCGUGGCACUGAAGAAAAAGUACAAGGCCUAUCUGUAUCUAGACGAGGCACACAGCGUCGGCGCCAUGGGCUCCCAUGGACGAGGCGUCACGGACUACUACAAGGUGGAUCCAAAAGAUGUCGACAUCCUGAUGGGCACCUUUACCAAGAGCUUUGGCAGUGCCGGCGGCUAUCUAGCCGGUUCUAAGAAACUGAUUGACUUCCUUCGCACCAACAGCCAUGCCCACUGCUAUGCUGGUUCUAUUUCGCCGCCAAUUGCUCAGCAGAUACUCACCUCCAUGAAGACAAUCAUGGGCGAGGAUGGCACUGAGACGGGUCGCAACAAGAUCAUGCAACUGGCCAGGAACACGCGCUAUUUCCGCCGGCGUCUGGCCCAGCUGGGUGUGAUAACCUACGGCCACGAAGAUUCGCCCGUGGUUCCCAUGCUGGUCUACCUCUUCUCCAAGAUUGGAGCUGUGGUUCGCACUUUGACCACCCGCCAUAUCGCUGUGGUGGGUGCUGGUUUCCCAGCGACGCCCAUCAUGGAGGGUCGCAUUCGUUUCUGUCUGUCGGCUGCCCACACCAAAGAGCAGCUGGACUAUGCCCUGCAGGUCAUUGACGAGACCGCCGACGAUUUGGGCCUGAAGUAUUCACGCAAGCCACGCGAUCCCAAUCCGAUUGAGUACUAGAUUGUGCCUCGUGUCGUGCAGCCUCACAAAUAGGAGUUAAGUGCAAAAAGUGAUGGGAGGAAUGUUAUGUUAGCGAGGGAGGUAUUAGCUCCCAGUCCAGAGCUAUAAACGAUUGCUGUACGAGUAUAUUUGACCAAGCUUCGGUUGUCCCAAGUCAGUCCCAAGUGGAGAACUAAGCAAGUAGCUUCAGAGCACGGAGGCACCACGGAGAGCACUCCCUGCUCGCAAAAACUAAACAGCAGCACCUAGCUUAAAUGAUAAAACUAUUAUUAACUAUUUAGCUCACUAUUUACCUCUACCGUAGCUGUUAUUGUAAUUGUAAAGUCUCCAAACGUCUUCUUCUGUGUGCAGAAAAACAUUACAUUUCGAGUAUUUUAACUCGCAAAUGUAUGCUUAUCAGGUUUAUCAGGCAGAUCUAAGCUAAGACAUAAGAGAGACAGCAGGAGUACAGCACCGCGCUUCUGGAAAACGUAACGUCAGUGUUAAGCCAAAAA